AUGAUUGAAAAACAAAAGUUUGCGGCUCUAGCUCAAUUACUAAAGAGAAUGUUCAGGUAGGAUUUGUAAUCCCCAAUUCUUGAUAUUGAUUAAUUGAUUUAAGAGGUUUCAAAAAUUAAACAGCUUUUAGGAAAUCAACCGCCUAUGUAAAUUCAUGAUAAACCAUUCAAACAAACAUAAUUUUAAGUGGAUUUAGGUAAAAAUUUUAGAUGUUAAGAUUAUGGAUUACAAGUUAUUAGUUAAUUGAAAAAAUUAUUAUAAGAUGCUGCGGUGGAAUAUAAAGUGUCAUUGGUUUCAGAUCAUUUAUUUUUUUUAAUCUACUUAGGUAAAUUUGAAGAAGCCUUUGAAACCAUGCUUGAAUUUUAAGAGUUGCUUGGUCAAUGUAGUGAACCUGAAAUCCCCAACAUUAAGGAAAUAAUAAUUGAUACAAAUGUAUUGUUUUUAAGACUCUUUCAAGAAGUAUGA